UCUGCUGUUGUGAUGAAACAUUCCAGGAGCUUCUGAAGAGCUUCAGCCCCGUUGGGACAUUUCUUAGUGAAAUAAAGAAGACAAACCAACCCAAACGUAUGAAAGAGUUAAUAUCAGACUGAGGACUAGGUUCCUCUUCAUUUCUGCGACGAACAUCAUCAAACGUUUGACACAAAAUACUGGGAAACAGAAUGCCAGCCAAGACACCCAUGUACUUAAAGACAUCCACGCCAAAGCGAGGCAAGAAGCAGAAAAUACGAGACGUUCUUUCAGGAGACAUGAUAAGCCCGCCGCUGGGUGAUGUGCGCCAUAGUGCCCACGUCGGGCCGGAGGGAGAAGGGGACAUGUUUGGUGAUGUGGGAUUUUUGCAAGGCAAACUCGACAUGCUUCCAGCUCUCAAUCAAGCACCAAGCGCUCGUUCUCACAGCAUUGACAGAAGAAUGGAUGAGAUCUUCAGUGUGAACAGCAAGAGCCACACUUACCAUCGCAGUCAUAAUUCUAAUCACAGUUCUCUUCUCAAAACCACCAUCUCCAUGCCAGUGUUCAUUGCACCUGUGCAGCCUCCUCCCAAACCCCCACGUCUGCAUUUAGAUGAGCAGUCGUCCCCUGUUCACCAGCGGCAGAAUCACCAUCACAGUCCAACGCAGCAGCGCUCAAUGUCUGUUUGUGAGGAAGGGAUUGGGAAGCAUAGCCAUGACCUCACUCUCUCCGCCUCGAUCCCUGUCCUGCCGCACAUGGUGCCUUCCACGGGCUCCUUAUCCGAGGCUUCCUCGGAUGACUCCAUGUUGGAAAGCUGCGGGCCGCUGGAUCCAAAACGGGGCUUGAGUCUGGACUCUGACACAGGGCUCAGUAAUGAGGACCUGCGGAGCGAACACUGUGAAUCUCCGGCUAUCUCACCUAGCAUGUCACGCUCGGAGUCGCUAAUGGGUUUGGACCUGGAUCUGGGACCAUCCAUUUUGGAGGAUGUUCUUAGGAUCAUGGACCGUUAUAAGAGUGUGGAAGAGAGACAUGAGAUAUAAGGGGGCUGUUUCAGAUACUGUGAUCUUAUUUUGCCUGUUUCAGAGGACAGUAAAAAAGAAAUGGGAUGAAAGAGCAAUAGUUGGCUGUGCCACAGAUGCUGCAGAGUUAUGGCACAUUUUUAACCAUGUGUAGGCAAUAAUCUUUACAGCUUCAACUCUGAAAAAGACAAUCAGUCGAUUUAUUCAUGUUAAAUCAUUCAUGUUGAUGUUACAAGAGAAGUGUUUUGCUGGGUUUUGGUCAUUCUAGCCUAACUGGAGAUGUAAAAUAUUUAAGCACUAACAGUCUGUUCAGUUUUAUAUUUGCUGUUACUUAUAAAGCUAUGAUUUUGCAGGAAAAGGAAUUUGGAUUUUGGCUAUAUAGUAGUCAAACAUUUGAAACAUUUUUAGACAAUGUAGGUGAAUGUUAUCAAGGAAUCACUCAAAAUGGAGUUUUGAUUUACUUCCGUAUGAGUAAACAUGUUAUGCAGAUAUGUCAAACAUAAGAUAUAAGUGAUCUGAGAUAAUUAUUUUCCCUGCCUAUGAGUACAAUGGAAAUCACUUUGUAAAGGUUGGUCUUUUUUGGGGUGUAAUAUGUAUGUUUUAUUGCAUUGUAAUAUAUGAAAUAAAAUGUAAAUAAAAUAUUAUAUAAAUAUA